CUUCUACCGUGCCUACCACAUAUGGGAACACGGAGUGUCAGCAGCAUACACACACACACACAGUGUGUGGGAGAGACAGCGUUCCGGAAUAACACACACACACACACACCCCAUCGAUCACGCCCGGAGCACGAUCCAACCCGAGCUCGCUGCUGCAAUAAACGGAGCCAAACAAAAACAAAAAGAAGCGGAGCAGGAACGGCGGCGCUAAAAUCGUCAUUGUCGACGGGAACCGGGAUCGGAGCUGGAUCAGGGAGCAAACCAGGAUCAAAUCGACAGUGGGAUUAGAGAGAGAGAGAGAGAGAGAGAGACCAGCAUCAAACCAGCAGCAGGUUCAGACCUGGAGCAAGAUUGGAAGGGAAACCAGGAACGGAUUUGGAGUACAAUCAACGCAGGAAGUCAGGAUCAGACCAGGAGGAUGUUUAGACCGGGGUCAGAAUAGGAGAGAUAUCAGAGGAGAACCAAGACCUGCAGCAAGAUUAAAUCAGGCUCAAACCAAAAGCAAGGUGAGGGGAAGACUAGGGUUAGACCAGGAGCAGCAUCCGAAAGAAAACUGACAGUUUACCUGGAGCUGAAUGAGAGGGGAACCCAGAGCAAACUUGGAGCAGGGUUUGGGGAGGACUGGGGUCAGGAUAAAGUUUGUUCAGGAUUGCCUUUGGUAGAGCAGGCACACAGAUUCCAUCUCAGGGUUGUCGCUGUAGUUACAGUUUCACAUUGUCCAAAUUGAGCCCUGCUUUCAGGUUAGUGUUUUACUUGGGAUUCCUCCCGGGAGGAGUACGUUUCAGGCACUUUACUGCUGAAAGGGUUGCAGAGAUCCUGACAUUUGGUCGUAUAUUGAUGAAUUGGCUGAUUAUCAAUAAAUUGGACCCUGAUUAUUGACUGAUGAAUUGUCACUGUAUCAACCUGUCAUUGUUGGAUUAUCCAUUCAUUGGAGCCAGGCUACCAAUAGAUCAGGAUUUAAUUAUUGCCUGAUGGAUCACCAGUUAAUUGUCGCUUUCUGGAUUAACAAAACUGGAUUAUCACCCUAUUGUUACUGGAUUAUCACUUGAUUGAAAUCAGAUCACUGACUAUAAAUCAGAGGGUACUUGUCAUCUUGCUAAUUGAUUGGCACUGAAUGAUUGAUAUCUGCUCUGUUGCCAAUCUGAGCCAGUGCUGUAUUAUCAAUUAGAGCUGAUCAAUUCUGAUUAAUUUUAAAUAGCCUGCAGUGGACCCAUCUUUGACUCUGGUGGUUUGAAGACCUGCCCAUAAAUCCUGGAAAUCUUCCCUUCCCUUCUCUUCCUUUCCCACCAUCCUGUCAUUAAGAGUUUCUUGAUUUGGGAAAAAUGUGAAAAAGAUUUCAGGAGUUGGGGGGGGUGGGGGAUGUGAGGGGAGAUGUCGAAAGAAUCAGCACUCAGAUUGGACCUGUCCAGUGAUGUAUUGAUACCUGACCCUGGCCCAUAUUCUGCUCCAGUGCUGGGUGCGAUACCUGGUUGCAGCCAUCUCCGCCCCUCUUCGUACAGAGCACUGCGUAGCGCUGUCUCCACCUUGACCAGGAUCGAUGAUUUUCACUGUGAGAAAAUUGGGUCGGGAUUCUUCUCUGAGGUGUUCAAGGUACGACACCGGAUAUCUGGGCAGGUGAUGGUUCUCAAGAUGAACAAGCUGCCGAGUAACCGUGCCAACAUGCUUCGUGAGGUGCAGCUGAUGAAUCGGCUCUCGCACCCCAACAUCCUGCGGUUCAUGGGUGUCUGUGUUCAUGAAGGCCAGUUACAUGCUCUGACAGAGUAUAUCAAUGGAGGGAGCCUAGAGCAGGUACUAGGCAGCAAUGAGUAUCUGUCUUGGUUGGUGAGGAUUAAGCUGGCGCUGGACAUUGCAAAAGGCCUGUGCUACCUGCACUCCAAGGGAAUCUUCCAUCGUGAUUUGACGUCAAAGAAUUGCUUGGUGAAACAUGAAGGGAAGUCGUACACAGCUGUGGUGGGAGACUUUGGCCUUUCAGAAAAAAUCCCGAAUUAUAGUGGUGAUGGAGAGAAGGAGCCCUUAGCAGUGGUUGGAUCACCAUACUGGAUGGCACCUGAGGUUCUGAGGGGAGAAUUAUAUGAUGAGAAGACCGAUGUCUUCGCUUAUGGCAUCAUUUUGUGCGAGAUCAUUGCCCGGAUACCAGCUGAUCCAGAUUAUCUGCCCCGCACUGCGGACUUCGGCCUAGAUGUGAAUACUUUCGAGACAAUGGUGGGAGACUGUCCGCCUUCAUUCUUGAAGCUGGCGAUCCACUGCUGCAUUAUGGAUUCUAUCCAACGGCCCUCCUUUGCAGAGAUUGUCCAAAAGCUGGAGACGAUGCUGAAUCUCUGUAAAAACACAGAUUCUGGGCUGGAGAAUGCAGAACAGCACCUUACUGUGGAAGUUUCAACUGUACACAAUGGAAACAAAGAAUGUGCAUGGAGUGGAAGCGGAGGCCUGGCCCGAGAUGUUUCCAACAGCCUGCGAGUGCAAUGCGAGCCUCGUUUGUCCCGGAGCUACUCGGACAUGUUUUCCCGGACGGCCCUAGGAGCUGAGGGCCUGGGCCCGGCCGCUCGGGUUAACCCGUUCUCCGGCCGGGACGACCUGAAAGGCGGCAAGACCAAACUGUAUGACUCGCCGAGCCGCUCGGUCAUCUCGCUGAGCUUCGAGCUGCUGCCACUGCCACCACCUCCGCCGCCGUCCCCCUCGGCGAUGAUGGCCGCCCAGCCACUCACCCCGGAGCCGCUGAACCCAGCUCGAAGCGGCCUCCCCUGCGGAGCGCCACCCGCCCGACGAUGCCGUUCGCUGCCUGAGCUCCGACGCCUGGGAGGGCGGGGCCAAGCCGGAUCUGACCUCUCACCCCGGCAGGGUCGGAGGGAAGCGGAGGGUCAGGGCGGCCGAGGAGGCGGUGACGGCGCUAGUGGAGAGACGGGGGAGACAGGAGCAGACUCACCCGGUAGAUCGCCGCCCGUUGAUCGCACCGACAGGCCCUCGCUCUCCAGCACCGUCCGCGCUGACGGCGGGCCACCACGUUCUCCGGAGACCGACGCGGCGGUGAGCGAACGGCAUCGGCGGUCCUUCUCCAACAUUCCGUGCUCCUCCGAGCCGACGGGGGGCGUGCGUGCGCAGCAUCUGCCGGGAAGCGCGCCUGCGUUCAGCGUCCCGAACCUGGCGGUUGAGUUGACUCCGCCCGCACUGCCGUGCCGGCCCGCCGACGUGACUGCGCAUGCGCCGCUGUGCCGCCCCGUUGAUGUGAAUUCGCCGGUUGUCCGGACGCUCUCGCAGAAUGCGCUUGCGCCGGUGUCCGGUUCCCUCUCGGGAAGCGCGGAGCUGCGACCAGAGCAAGAGACAGACGAGCGGCUCGCAUGUCCCGGCUGCUGCCUGGGUGCUUUCGCCUUUCCUUUCCCCCCGGUCUGUUUGCGUUCCAACAGCCAGCCGGCCCGAUACCCAGAGCUCAACUUGUUUUUGUUUUGACUAAGGAUGCUUGCUCACACUGUGCUUUAAGCAAUAUCAACUUCUCACAGGAGACGGGUUUAUUCUCCAAAUUCCCUUCGAAGGGACGUACCAGCCUUUCCACUGAGUGCCACCUAAUGUUACCACUAUAAAGUUGGCUAUUCACCUGCCAACCUCUGAGGGUUCUAUGGGAAUGAAAAUGAAUUUGAAUAAAUACUUCUAUAGCUCAAGAAUGUAAUUUUAUGAUGAAUUUCUUCGCUGUUUAAAACCUUAUUUUAAAUUUUGGCUGUAUUUUGCAAUUUGCCAUGAUGUGUACAGACUUUGGGAAUCAGCUGUUUCACAAGUGGUUGGAUGCCUGUUGUUAAUGCUUGUGCUGCUGUGGGGUUAACAGAAAGCGAAGAAGUACUUAGUGUUUUUUCCUUCAUUCAUCGAUGUGGACAAGGCUGGCAUUUAUUGCCCAUUUAUUUGCCCUUGAGAAGGAGAUGGCAAGCUGAAAAGAUGCAGUUGUUGGGGUUUAUAGCUUUUUGGGGUUGUUUUUGAUAUAACACUGGCUUUCUUGGCCAUUUCAGAGGCAGUUAUGAUUCAACUACAAUGCUGUAGGUUUGGAAUCAAAUGUAGGCCAGACCUGAUAAAGAUAGCAGAUUUCUGUCCCUAAAGAAAAUUAGUUAUCCAGAUGGGUUUUUACAAUAAUCUGGUAGUUUCUUCUUCAUUGCUGAUAUUCGCAUUUUAUUUUAAAUGACUGAAUUCAAAUUGCCCAACUACUGCGGUGGGAUUUGAUUAUUAAUCCAUGCCUCUGGAUUACUAGCAACAUAAUCACUGUGCUACUAUACUUACCUAUCUAUGUGUAUAUGUUGGUAUGUUUGUAACUCAUUGUAUGGGAACAGGAGAGUAGAAUAGUGAAACAAUUAAUAUCUGCACGACCAAGGCUGGCCAGAUAGUGCAUAAUGUGUCACUGAUCUAAAUAUCUCCCAAGAAAGAGGGACUGAGACAACAUUCUGUACAGACAUAUCUCCCUAACAGGGGAACUGAGAGACUAGUCUGCCUACAGAUUUAUCUCCCUUAGAGACUCCUGUAAGUGCACAGGUAAUUUGUUGUAAAUUGGGCGAAUAUUGUUCUGUUUUGAGGACAUCUUUUGUAACCGUUGAAGUUAAUAUUUGCUCUAUAUUGUCUGUCUGACUGAGGAGUCAGAUUUUAAUAAAGCUUUGAUCUCUGAUA